AUCUUAAAUACAGUUUUCAUGGGGAAAAAAAGGGAUUUUUCAGAGUCAGGUUUUGUCACUAUCGGUAAAUAAUGGAGGUGUGGUUUGAAGGAUGAAGCCAGCCCCUUCCCAUGGAAACUAUCAAACUAAAACUCACUUGUACCCCACCAUCACAACAUGUAUCUCGUCACUCUGAUCCUUGGGAUUGUGCUUCUCCCUGAAGCCCGUACCCUGAGAUGUUAUGAGUGCACAUCAGAACAGACUGGAACCUGCACUGAAACAACAACACAAUGCCCUUCAGAGAAGUAUCAGUGUGCUGCACUAAGACUUGUGUCUUAUACAGGUAGUUCAGAAGUGUCGAAUCUCUUUGGAAAAUCAUGUGCUUUGCCUGAGGAGUGUGACCAGCACUCAAUCAACUAUGGAGUCUCUAGAACCAUAGUUACCAGCAAGUGUUGCAGCACCGACCUCUGUAACACCCAACCUGCCCCAGAGCCCAGUAAAACCAAUCCAAAUGGUAGAAAGUGUUUCACUUGUGACGGACAAACAUGCACCAAAACUCUAAACUGCCAUGGGAAUGAGGACCGCUGCAUCUCAACAACAGGUAGCAUGACUUCUGUAUUAAAUUUCAUGUUCUACAUGUAGACUAGGAAUUGGUUACAGAUUCUGGUGUUAAAACCAGGGGUGGGUUGGCCAUAGGCAGGUUCGGGAGGAUUCCACGGUUGUUUUCCUGUUAAAAAAAAAAAAAAAAGGGGGCAAGGAAGGAAGAGGAG